AUGGUUUCGAUUGAUGUUCCUGCUCACUACGGAUGGGUCGUCCUCGGCGCUGGUCUCGCCCCAGCUAUUACAAAUAUUGUUCUCUCUUCCUUUGUAAUGGCUGCAAGAAAGGAACACAAUGUUCAAUACCCAAACCUCUACGCUGUUCCUGGAUUCCACAAGACUGCCGAUGAAUUCAACCGAGUCCAACGUGGUCACCAAAACUACUUGGAAGGCAGCGACUCAUAUUCUAUCAUGACUCUCAUCGGGGGUCUUAAGCAUCCUAUCGCGUGUGCCAUCGGGACCGUUCUGUAUUGCGCCGGUUGCUAUCUAUACAUGUUGGGCUACAAGGACACCUCCCUGGAUGUCAAGGAUGCACGAUACAAGAAGGGAGCCGCCAUCAAAUGGAUUGGAUUCUUCACUUCUGUGAUUUCUUGUGGAAAGCUUGCGUUCGAUUUGAUCACUGCCUAA